UGCCCCGUCCGUCGCUUUAUUAGCGAGAGUCUGUUCCGUCCGUUUCCCCCGGAGAAGGACCUCCCAGGGCCUUGGCAUGAGCUGGGCAGAGGGUUUCUAGUGUCCCCGCGGCCAUGGACCCCUCCGCGACCGCCGACGCCGCCUUCUCAGACGUCCACCUGUGCGGCUACCUGCGCAAGCAGAAGUCCCACCGGCGGCGCUUCUUCGUCCUGCGCCGCGGCAGCGACCGAGGCCCCCCUCGGCUGGAGUACUACGAGAACGAGAAGAAGUUCCGGGCGGGGGGCCUGUGCUCGCGCCCAAAGAGGACUUACCUGCUGGCCAGCGCCCUCAACGUCAACAAGCGGGCCGACGCCCGGCACAGGCACCUCGUCGUGCUCUACGGGCGAGACGGCACCUUUGGGGUGGCAGCCGAGGACGCCGAACAGCAGCAGGCGUGGUACACGGCGCUGGUGGAGCUGCACUCCAAGGCCCAAGAUCUGGGCAGAGACCCUGAUGCCCCACGUUGGCCGCACCCGCCCUUCAAGGAGGUCUGGCAGGUCAGCCUGCGCCCCCGGGGGCUGGGCCACACGCGCAACCUGGCCGGCGUCUACCUCCUCUGCCUCACGGAGAAGACCAUCGACUUUGUCCGGCUGAACUCGGACGUGGCCGCCGUGGUCCUGCAGCUGCUCAGCGUCCGCCGCUGCGGCCACUCGGAGAACUACUUUUUCAUGGAAGUCGGGCGCUCGGCCGCCACGGGGCCCGGCGAGCUGUGGAUGCAGGUGGAGGACCUGGUGGUGGCGCAGAACAUGCACGAGACCAUCCUGGAGGCCAUGAAGGCGCUGAGCGACGACUUCCGGGUGCGGGCCAAGAGCCAGCCGCUGGCCUCCACGCCCAUCUCGGUGCCACCCCGGCGGCAGCACCCGGGAAACCCUCCGGCCGCCCAGGGCACCAUCCUCUGGCGGCCGCGGCCGGAGAGCACCCCUUGCCUUCCCCACGUGCCCGGGGUGCCGAAGGCGUCCGGGCCGCGGAAGCCGAGCUCCCUGAGCGACUACAGCGCCGUCUCGUCGGACGAAGGCGGCUCCAGCCCGGGCGAGUGCCGCCCUGCCGGGACGCCCGACCCCCUGGCCUACCUGCUGGUGGGAGGCGAGCUAGACUACGUCACCAUGGGCAAGAGGGCAUCCCCGGACAGCGCCUUGCUGGCACGGUGGGCGUCCGCGGCGGAGGCCAACAAGCGGGCCUCUCUGCCCCCGGUGGCGCUGGAGAAGGAGGUCCCCGGUCUGCCGCGGAGGAAGCCGCCCGCCUUCUCCGCCAGCUACCCGGAAGGCCUCAACCUCCGCGGCUCCGACCCCGGCUACAUGGCCAUGCUGCCUGGCGUGUCCGCGGAGGACCGCGGCUACGUCCCCAUGGCGCCUGGCAGCGCCUCGCCAUCUCGGGAGCGCGGAGGGUACAUGCUGAUGUCCCCCAGCGGCAGCAGCUCCCCGGACGGGGCGGCCCGGUGGGCCAAAUCCCCCGCCGGCGGAGACUACAUGGACAUGUCUCCUGCUAGCCACUCGGCCUCCAGCACCCCGCCGGAGCGCAGCCCCUUGCCCGGAGGCGCCCCUUUCUUCUCCCUGCCCCGCUCCUUCAAGCACGUCCCGGAGGCCGCGCCGCGCCCUUUCGACCCCCGGCACCUCUCCGGUUCCUCCUCCACCAGCUCCGACAGCCUGGAGGAGGCGGGCGGGCACCCGCGGGCCCUCUUUGCGUGCCGGGAAGCGGCCCCGCCGUCCCGCAGCCCUGGCGAGUACGUCGGCAUCGAGUUCGGGUCGUGGGCGGCCGCAGACUACAUCAACAUGUCGGCCGGGCCCGCACCGGAGGGACUCGCCCCGGGGGCAGUGGGCGACAACUACGCCGAGAUGGCGCCCGGGGCCCGGCUGGUACGUGCCCGCACGCAAGGGAGGAGGAGGCACUGCUCGGAGACGUUCCCCGAGGCGGAGAGGAAUGGGGCAGGGCCCCGGCCCGGAGAGGCGCAGGUCGAGCCGGGCCUGAAUUACAUCGACUUGGACCUGGCGAAUGAGGCGGCGCCUGUCCUGCGUCUGCCAGCGGUGCCCGCCCCGGCUGGGGUGAUCCACAGCUAUGCCAGCAUCGACUUCCACCGCUCUGGGGAGCUCCGGGGGCAGGAGACGAGCUCAGAGGAGGCAGAUUCCUGAUCCUGCCAGGAAGGAAGAUAAAAGCAAACCGGCCUCCCUUGUCGCCGACAUGAUUUUCCGUGGGUUGUAAUUGUUUAUUGCACUACAGCAAUAUUGGCUUCUUUAUUUUUCCACCUCCCUGCCGCGGUUCUUUGGACAUAAAGUGCCUUUUUUCGGGGAGGGGAGAAAAGGGUGUUUCUCCCCCCUCCCCUUCCCCAUAUGGGAGAACUCUGCAAUUGUGCCCUAACCUGCAAACCGCCAAAGACAUUUAUGUGUUUGUUGGUGCAUGUGGGGGGUUUUUGUGUGUGUGUGUGUGUUUGGCCAGCUCUGUAAGUC